CUAUAAUCCCAGCCAGAGUCAACCAUAUCCCCAUAUCCGCAGACCACCCUCUCCAAACCAGUGUCUCCUUUCCCCACCAGUGAAGUAGCGGACAUAAUGUAUUGGCCCCUCGGCGCUCCUCGAAUACACGUGGUGAAACCUCCUCCAGACUCUUCACCGCCCGCAUUUGAUUCGGAUGACGCCUCCGACGAGCUCAUACAAAACAGCACUUCCCUCUCGCUCAGGGAUGAUGAUGAUGACUAUGAGGACGAUGAUGAUGAUGAUGAUUACGAAAAAGUGAAUAAUGAGGACGGUGAAGACGACGACGAUGAUGGUGAGAACUCCCAGGAAGGAAGGAAAGUUGGGGAAAAGGAAGUUAUGGAUCAAGAGCUCAGAGAAGCUCCACUACCAAGGCCCAAGGGUAAAAAAGGAACCGACCAGAAAAUGCGCAGUCGAUCUACCCGAGGGAGGGAGGGAGAGGGGCAAACGAGGCACAUAUUGUCGUUAAAGGUGGCUAGGAAUGGAAUGUUUGCGACAAUCACGGCUUCCGAGCUUACGAUCUGGCAAAUGAAGCCCACGGCCGUCGUUGCUCAUGUUCGCAGGUCUCAGAUCUCCCUCGUCUCAUACGGCCCCAAUACAGAUCUCCUCAUAAGACCGGACUCACAGAUUUUCGUGGUACAAACUACACUGGGAUACCUAGUUACGUACUCGCUUGCCUCGGACCCGAAUGCUAGAGUGUACAAACCGGGCUUCGUUAAUAAUAACCAUCACGCACGACAGAACUCAAUGGCCGUUGGAGUGAAGGCAGCCGUUGGUCCGGGAGGAUUGCUUCUUGGUGCUGGUGAGGCAGGAGGGGUGAGGGAAUUCUCUGUGAGAUUUAGGAUGGUUAUCAAGGUUGAUGCAGGAAUUAGCAGAGCUUUAGCUCUCGAUGACGAACUGAUGGUAGCUACUGUGAAGCCUGCUGCAGUCCAAUGUAUUCGUUGGACGCCAGAUCCCACAGGAAACCAAACAACCACAGAGCUGCUCAGCCGGAUGCCUUGGCUUCAAAAGAAAGCUGUUGCCACGGAGAUCGUUCAUGACAGGCCGAUGAACCUAUCAACCUGGGUUACAAGUGAUGGCCUGGCGUAUGCUGUUCAAAAGGCCGUUUUGGAGGAUGGUGAUAUUUCGCGCAUGUUCAAGGGCUUUUGUUUCCACAUCCCACCCUCCUCCGCAGAGAAGGCUGUAAAAGUUGCGAUAAAUGCCCGAUUUUCACUUAUUACCGUGGCUUGUGCCAACGGAUCAAUCUUUGUUUAUAAUGUCCGUGACUAUAACGGGAGUAUUCCCUUGUCGCAUGUGUUAUCAGCUCCGGCAUCACCUACAACAUCGGGAAAAUCAACGUUUAUAACAUGGUCACCUGACGGGUAUUGCCUUUUUGCUGGCUACCAAAGGGGAUGGGCAACAUGGAGUGUCUACGGAAAGCCUGGUGGAAAUUCCUUCUCGGCGGACACCAGAUUAUUAGAACGCAACGCAGGCGAGGGGUACCUAGAUGGUGUGAGGACUGGAAGCUGGGUAUCAGCCGGUGGAGAAAUAAUGCUCGUGAAAGAAGGGGGAGAUGAGCGAAUCUGGGUCAUGGAAUUUGCGAGGUCAGCAGUUACUGGUUGCUUUUGCUCAGCCAACAUUGCUCGUCCAGUUUUGCAGACGAAUGAGAAAAUACUCAUAUACCGCGGCUAUGAUAAAUCCGAUAUUGCAGCAAUUUCACAGGAGACUAGUGUGCUAUGGCAUCAUGUGCAAAUGCCUUCGGUGUACUUGGUUGACAAUUGGCCAAUCCGAAGUGCGGUUAUAUCACCGGAUGGAAGAUAUGUUGCAAUAGCUGGCAGGAGGGGGCUUGCCCAUUAUUCAGUCAAUAGCGGGCGCUGGAAAACAUUUAUCAAUGAGAAUAUGGAACAGGAUUUUGUGGUACGGGGGGGCAUGUGCUGGUAUCAGCAUAUCUUAAUUGCUGCAGUUGAGUGUGAUGAUCUAUAUGAGUUGAGACUUUAUUCUCGAGAGUUGCAGCUCGACAAUUCAUUAUUACUACACAUAGAGACUCUACCAUCUCCUGUCAUCUCCUUAUCCCUCGCUGGAGAUGACUCACUUCUAGUUUAUACCUACGACAAUGCCUUGUAUCAUUUCAUUGUACAAGGAAUGAAAGAUACCGUAAAACUUGUGCAGGUUGGCCAAAUUUACUUCCAUGGUAUCGUCCGGGCACCCGCAAGAGUAAGGGCAAUAAGCUGGAUCCUACCAGAACAGCAGCUUCGCGAUGGCGACCCUUCUCAAGAUGUCGCAGUCGCAACUGUUAUCUUUCUUGUGGACGGGAAGUUAGUGGUGUUACAACCAUCAACCACAGAAGGAGGAGACGCAAAGUACGAUAUGCGGGUUCUCCAACAAAAUGUAGAAUACUACGUAUUGAUGAGGGAUUGUCCUAUACAACAGCACCUCUUGCAGGGUUCGUCGGAAAGUGGGAGGACGACGCCUUACGACGGGAACUUUCCCCCAGCAGGGAGAGCAAAUGAACUUACCGACUCUCUGUGGAUAUUCGAUGGUAUCGAUAUGAGGGUCUGGAGUGAUGUUACGGAGAUUCUCAACCUUAACCCAGGGGAGGGUGGCAGAGAAGUUCCACCUCCAAUCAAGAUCGCUGUUGAUUUCUAUCCCAUGUCUGCGAUACUGAACAAAGGCAUAAUAAUUGGAAUCGAGUCUGAGCUGGUUCAACGAAGAGAUAUCAACUUUUCAUACUUCAAGUUUUCUACCAGAACUCACCUCUUCCUCAACCAUAUAUUACGGCAUUACCUUACAUGUCAUAGACCUGGGGCCGCUGUAGAGUUAGCUAUUAACUAUGAAAAACUUCGUUACUUUGGGCACAUUUUAGAGGUUUUAUUGCACGGCGUCCUCGAUGACGAGGCUGACCGGCCCCCAGACCCAGAAGCCGCCGUUCUUCCCGAAGUCAUUCGUUUCCUUUCCCAUUUCCCCCAAUAUCUCGACGUAAUAGUAGGCUGCACACGAAAAACUGAAGUAGCCUCCUGGCGUUACCUCUUCGACGUAGUCGGCUCUCCUCAAGCCCUCUUUGAGGAAUCCCUCUCUAGAGGCCUUCUCAAAACAGCCGGCGGCUACCUUCUUGUCCUCCACACCCUUGAGCAACUCACUAGUUCCUCGAAAGACAUGGUCAGACUGUUGGAGCGAGCAGUGGCGGAGGGAGACUGGGAUUUAUGCAAGGAACUUGCUAGAUUUCUCACCGCUCUCGACAACUCGGGUAAAAUGCUUAAGGAGGCGCUGGAGUUGGUCGAAUUGAGGAGUCCAGUAGAGGAGUUUGACAGGAGCUUCAUGUUCGAGAGUGCAAGACUGAAACCCCCGCCACCCGGGAAAAGACCCGGGUCGAGUGGCACGGCGCCGGGGGAAUAUAGGUUCCCGGAGGUGAGGAAGUAGUGUGGGAAGCUCUCGCCCUGUAGAUGUGAGAAGAUGAAGUGAUUUUUGUUCUCUAGGCCGAUUUCUUUAUCCUUAUCUAGUCCUUCCCCUCCCUCAGUCUCCCGAUAGUUUGGGGAGUAGGUAAUAUACAAUCCAAUUCCUAUUUUUCACACCCUA